AUGCCUCCCCGCAAGUUCGGCAAGAAUGCGACCAAGUUCGCUCUGGUCCACCGUGCCCAGAACGACCCUCUCAUCAACGAUGCCGACGCCCCCAGCAUGGUCUUUGCCGAACUCAGAGGCCCUCAGUAUGCCAAAAACAGCCGCAAGAUCAAGGAGCGCGGCGACCUGGAAGACGAGUUUGGCACCGACUACAAACCCCACGAGGGCGAGGCCGCCGAGCACGGUGUCUACUUUGACGACACCCAGUACGACUACAUGCAGCAUCUGCGCGAUCUGGGCUCUGGAGCCGGUGCAGCCACUUGGGUGGAAGCUCCUUCAGCCAAGAACAAGAACAAGGGAAAGAUGAGCUUGGAAGAUGCCCUGCGCGGCAUGGACGUCAAAGACGACGACUUGCAGAGUUAUGGCGGAGAGAGCGUCGCUUCUACCAGGAGUCUGAUGCCCGACGAUAUGCUGCCCAGCGACUUUGUGCGCAAGACGACCUACCAGGAUAUGCAGAAUGUGCCCGACGCCAUUGCUGGUUUCCAACCCGACAUGGAUCCUCGCCUGCGUGAAGCCCUCGAGGCCCUGGAAGACGAAGCCUACGUUGACGACCAAGACGACAUCUUCGAAGAACUGANNCCGGCGACGCCGAAGAGCUCGAUCGCGACGAUUGGGAGGGUCUGGAGUUUGACGACGAGGAAGGCCAGGGCUACAUUGACGACGAGGACGAUGGCUGGCAAUCCGACGACACCAUCAAAGCCGGCGACAAGGACGAAACACAUCUACCACCACCCACCGACACCGCCGCUGCACCGCCCUCCGACCCCUNCUGCAGGAGCCUGGAUGGAAGAAUUCACAAAGUUCAAGCAAGACGUCAAGGCCGCAAAGGCCCUCCCCAAGCAGCCCGCGCAACCAGCACCUUCAGACAUCCAAUCCGUCAACACAGGCCUAUCCUCACUGGCAUCUGGCCGCAGAAAGAAGCGCAAGGGCGCCAUGACUUCCACCUCAGGAUACUCCAUGUCCUCCUCCGCUCUGGUGCGCACAUCCGCACAAUCCCUCCUCGACCAACGCUUCGACAAGAUUGAAGAAUCCUAUGCCGAAGACGACUUCGACGACUACGGCUCGCAAUUCGACGAUGCCGAAUCCAUGGCUUCGGGUAUGACUGGCAUGUCCCACGCCUCUGCCAUUUCCUCCUACUCGCGCGCCACAGACUCUGAAGCUCCCAAUCUUGUGCGUUCCGACUUUGAUAGCAUCAUGGAUGGCUUCCUUGCUGGUCACUCUAGGGCUGGCAACAGAGGCAGACAUAUCAAGAAGUCGGGUUUCCAGACUGGAAUGGAGCAACUUGAUGAGAUUCGCUUCGGGUUGGGUCCCGCGAGGUUGGGCAAGUCUGCGCAAGCGCAGAGUAGUCGUCACCAGUGA